GGGGAGGAGGCGGGGCCAGCGGUUGCCAGGGGAGACGGGCAAGCGGGCGGCCUGAGGCCAAGGCCGCAGCCUCUCAGCCUCUACCGUCCCAUGGGUUGAACGCGGUUGAAAAUGGAUCAGUGACUGUGAAGGCGGAGAGAGAGUGAGAGAGAGAGAGAGAGUGAGAGAGAGGAGUGAGAAGCCAAAGGAAAACUUCUCGGUGUGUUUUUUUUUCCUUUUCCCCCAACGAAUGAAAGCGGCGAAACACCUGCUGCGCCCCGUCGGUGACUCACUCACUGGCAACUUCAGGGCUCGGCCACAUGAGCAGAUUGUGUGUUACGGGCAAGAGGCCUGCUUUACAAAUGAAAUCACCUCUUGGAUUAUCAGGAAAAUUAGAAGUACUUGGUGCAGAAGCUGGAAUUAUUGUGAAUACUUUUCAAGUACUGAGCCAACCGUGUUCUGCAAAAAAGAUAGCUUCUUCAGUAAUGACAACGCUGCUGUUGACAAAGGGGAAUCAGCGACCCGAAAUGGAAUGUACCAACAGAGUCCAUCAACAUCAUCAAUGCAAUCGAGCUACCACAAAACACAUGUUUUGGACACAACAAAAAAAAACUUCCAUAUGCAGGAAAGGACAGAUGGAAAGGAUCAGAAAGCCGAAUCAUUGACAACACACAACUCAAGCAGUCUCUCAACAAGUGCAGAAAGUUCGAGCAGCAGUGGGAACUGUGCUGAGUGUAAAAGUGAAGAUGGAGAUGAUGAAGGGAGUACACCAAGCAUUCAGUCACACAAUUUGGGCAAUACCGUAGAAGCUUUGCAAAGCUCUGGGGAUGAUGAUGAAAAUGAAGAAGAUGAAGACAAUGGUGAAGAAAACGGUGAAGCUGAGGGAAAAAGAGCACCAAUACAGUUGCUUGGGGAGUUCUUGAAAGCAGUAAUGGAUCGCGACUACUUGAUGGCAAAAAAACUGUGUGAAAUGAUUCUCAUUUAUGAGCCUGAUAAUUCAGAGGCCCUACAGUUUAAGCCACUUAUAGAGGCAAAGCUACAUAUAGAUGAAGCAACUCAUCAAAAUGAUGAAGAUGACGAUAUUGAGUCACACAAUAGCGAUGAAGGUGGCAGUGAGGAGAGUGAUGGUGAAGAGGAUGAGGAAUAUGUGAGCAGUCCAAAUUCAGAUGAGGAGCAUUCAGGUUCAUCUAGCAAUGAAUCUACUUAGAGGGCUUCAAUUACACAAACACGUAUGUUGCAGCACUUCUAGAUUGGCUUUGGAUUAGUCAUCAAUCAAGUUAUUCAUUUGUCGUGAUUUUGUUUUUAUUAGCUUAAGUUAUUUUAAAUUCAGUAUAUGCAGUAAAACAUUCCUACAAGUUUAAAUGCAUUCUAUAAUUACUAUUUUAAAGAGCAAGUUUCACCGUCAGUGCCUUUUGCUACAAAUCAGAGUUACAAAGACUAAGGUAAACUAAAACCUUUUAAAAAUUAUUCCAUAAAAUAUAUCACUGGAUGAUUACAAGAGUGCAUUACUGGUUUAUUACAUUGGGAACCGAAAGAGAUGCAGAAAACAUCUUUUGGACAUGAAUCAUCACCUUAUAACUCUGGUUACAGUUUAACUCUAGUUUGCACUUCUGGAUCUAUACUUUUAGACCUCUUUUAAUCCUACAAUUCAGUGGAUAAAACCAUUUCUAUCUACUUUUCAUGCUUAAGGUUACUUCUAAUAGACUGGAAUCCAAUCACGCUGCCCCUCCCCAACAACCCCUCACUUGCGUUACUUACAGAGAACCCACAAGCCCAUAAAUUAUACAUUGCUAUUUUCUACCUGAUAUUUUACGGGUUGUUCAGUCAAAGCCAUUUGAUGGUCAAUUCAAGUACUUUUUACUAUUUCAGAAUACAUCUACUACUUUUACUACUUAUCAGACUUCUACUAUCAGCACCAUAUACCUCUUCCAAAGUAUGUUCUCCAUAGAAAUUGGGUAAUGACAAUUUGCUGACAGUUUCUUAUUUUGUGGCAACACUAUUGUGUGUGGAAUGCAGUUCUAUAUUGCCUAAAACUAUAGUAAAACAAGUAGAUAUCCAGAUAACCUGUGGCAUUUUCUAUGAAUAGUAGUGUUUUGAAUUGUAACCUUGUAUCUCAGGCAUGUGAUAUGCUUAUCCCCCGAUCCUUCUACAUCUGGAUGAAUUAUAUCUUGAUCACCUUUACAUCACAUUUAAUGCCAACGAGACAAUCACCUGUUAGAAUUGUCAUGGCAUCUGCUUUUAAAAUCUUAGUCUCAACAAGCCAGUACCAGGGAGGGCUAAGAUGGCAAAUCAAAUGAUUUGUUUAUUAUUAUUACCAAAACCGUAGUUAACUAUAAAAUUGACAAAAUACAGUACCAUGUGGUACCAUUGUGUUUUCCUGUGUAACUGCUGAAAAAUGCAAACCUUAGAAUUCUUAAAUACAUCUCCCAAUGUUCAGCUUCCCUCUCUGACACAUUUCCUGUCGUUCUAGCUCCUAACAUCAUAUGAGUGAAGUGUGGUCAAGGUUCUAUCAUAAUCAAAUGAGGCCUCGAAUUCAUGGUUUGAGUGCUGCUUUAAUUGUUCCCAAUACUGUAAAAGGCCUAAAAGGGGAGAAAGCCACAAUAUCCUGUUCUAUUUAUAUCAAUUGUUCUUUUAUUUAUUCUGUCUUUGCUUGUUUUGAAUAUCUGUAUUUAAACAGUGAGUGUGAAUUAUUGUCAGGGAAACUGACUUGGAGUUAUUGAACCUAGCAGGGUGAAGAACCUGAAUUAAUGAAGGCAAAGAUGCAUUCAUUUAACUUAGGGAGCUUCUGCAAUUAGUGUGUUCUUUCAAUUGUGUAUUUAUCAAUGGAUCUCUUUGCACAUCUGGUUUAGUAACUGCUCCAGACCAGUUGCCCCAUUGAUGCACUCAUUCUUGCAACAAAACUUAACGUAGAAAGAAGAUACAAAUCAUAAUUAUUUUGUAAUUAUAUUUUUAAUUGGGAUUCUGUUACCCAUUUAUUUAAACCACCAUAUAUCUUAUAUUUAGUGUUUCUUUUUCACUGUGUCCUAUUUGUGAAAUGAGAUAAUGCACAAGACAGAAUCUUAAAAAGUGUCCUGAACACAUUUUAGUAUGUUGGAAAAAACUGAAACUUGGUAAGAAGUUAUGAUUAAUUUGUUAUGAUUUUUAACAUUUAGGAAGACAAAAGCAUAUAGUAAAAACAAUUAAUGUAUCCUGUGUUCUUAACCCACAAUGAAAUCGGGAAAUGUUUGUAAUAACUGGGAAAUAGUUUAAAUAAAAGGAAAAAUUUGCUAAUAA